ACUAGGAAGAUAGGUGCCAAGAAUCAUAACUUCACUACUUUUCCCUUAAUACUCGUCAAAGCCUGUGCAGCAUCUAGAUGAGGGUGCUCAGUGAAAACCAUAACUUCCAUCUUUCUAAAUAAUGCACAUCAGAAUCAACUAUUGCAAAGCCUGUGUGUGGCACUAAAAUGGUUCUACAUGGACUUUUCGCUAUGUAAAGAAGAUGGAGAUGAAGAAAUAAUCAAUCGAAAUUCUCAAAUUUUUUAAAGUGAAAGCUAUAUGAUGUAACCAACUGUAUCUGAGGGAAAAUGAGACUUCCGAUCAUAUAUAAUUUGGAUAAAGGACUUAGUAAUGGUACUACUAGUAGCAUCAAAGGAAUUCUUACCAGUGCAAAUUUGAUUUCGGCAUCUUUUCUGGGUGUAUUCUGUCUGACUUGUGAUCGACUUGCUCAGACCGCUGCAUGUCGAAGGAACAGAGUCUUUGCAGCGCUUCUUGAUAAUUUUACCCAUGGUAUAAUUGGUUCAUGGACAUGGGCAGUAGUUCUAGGUGGAAACCUCAACAGUACCAAGAAUUUACGUCAAAUAAUAUUGGCUGGCAUCCUUGCUAGUUGCAUGGAUGUCGACCAUUUUCUUGCAGCACGGUCUAUUCACUUGAAGGAUGCGACAUCACUUCAGCAGCGACCGUUGUUUCACAUGACCACGUUGAUACCUGUAAUAGCUAUUAUCAGCGAGAUUAUCAUCUGUGCAAGUGGACUUCAUCGACUUCACUACUUUCCAUACCUUUUUACUCUCUCCUGGUUUUCACACCACAUUAGGGAUGCAACACGGAGGGGUCUGUGGCUAUGGCCAUUUGGGAGCACCCCACCUGUACCAUAUGGUAUGUAUAUAGGAUUAACCUUGGUAUUACCAUUUCUCAUAGCAAUAUUGAUGAGUAUUACAGGGUCACCUAUUCAUGCUGUUGAGUUGCACAGGGUUCUACAUCGUGUAGGGGGAAUCCAGCAGGUAUAACCAAUAUUAAUAUAUAUUGUAGACCUCAGGUGGAGUGGUUCAGCUUCAGUAUAGCAGUGGAGGUGCCAGUGGUAAUCCAAUGGACAAAGUAUCCCCUACUGUAUGGUAGAUGCCCUGGUUUCAAUUACUUUUAUAAUACAGUAGUACUAAAAUAGGCCACAUAAUGCAGUAGUUGGUAAAGCAUACAGUAGUACAUGCUGUUUUCUAGAUGUAAUGAGUAAAGGCCCUUGCAGGUAUACGCUAACUCAUUCGAAAGUGUAGGGAACUUUCAUUGACCAAAGGGGCAAGAACCUUGUGCCUCUAUGCAAGUUUUGUUGCGUGCACCCUCAUACUAUCAUCAAGGUUUUUAUACAAAAAGACAUGCAUGCUACUGCACCUGAUAGCAAAUAAUUAUAAUAAUAAUUAUUUGUCUAAACUAUAAUGUAUAUUUGCUAUCAGGUGCAGUGGCAUGGAGGUAUCUAUACCUCCAUUGAGUUAAUCAAAUUUUAAGGUGCUGCCCUGUCUGACUGAAAUUAAUGUCGUGGGAUUUUUCAUUUGACUGCUACAAUCACCUACUACAUGUCUUACCGACACUUCUCUGGCUGAACCCAGAGGACUUCAGUUCUUUGAUCCGUCUGGACAUUCUCUUCUGAUAAGACCAACUUUUUGCAGCCGUGCAUCUCACCUCUUCUACACUCUUCCCUUGAAUGACUCUCAAAACACUUACAUUCUACAUUAAUUGACCUAUAAUAGGUCCAUGUUCCCAGUUAGAUUCUUUGAAUACUUUGUUGAUUUGAUUGGAAGCAGUGUUGUCAGUCUGAUCUUCAGACAGAUUCUAUCAUGUCUCACCUUAAUCAAACGGCCAAUGAGCUGUUUUGUUUUAAACAAGCCAUGAGUAAACCUCAUUACAGGGAUGUAUGUAAACAAAAUACAUAUGCAGACGCAGCAGGAUUUACAGGGAGUCGGUCAACAUCUAUAAGAUGAAUGCUGAUGAAUGCAUUUAUUUGGUCCAAUAUACAUUAAUAUAAAAAUAUAUUAGAAAAUUGUCUAAACUACAAAUUUAAAGUUAAAAAAUAUGAAAUAUCAAGACAACACAGAAUCAUCAAAUAGGACAACAAAGAAUAAUCAUAAUAAGAAUAUCAAAAAUACUAGUACAUAUAAAUUUUUCUAAGACUGCCCAUUUUUACACCUUUUCCUCCCAGUUUUAAAAUAUUCAAAAAUCUGUAUCUCAUUCACCAUUACCCAGAUUUUCAUCAAACAACUUUUUUUUCUGUCUUAGAAAAAUCAGUUUUACAACAUAUCAAAAAUAUUUUUCCCUCUGGAGUCUGACUUUAAAUGACUUGGGGAACCCUCUUUUGUCUUGUCACUAUCCCAUCGAUCGUUUGAGCGAUUUAAAAGCCAACAAUAAUUUUAACCUGAACAUUAUUUUCAUGAAUGACCCUCUCCAUCCCUAAAGAAGAAAAAGAUGCUGACUAUUUACACUUUUUUUCCAGCUAAAAGCACCCUACAGGGUCGGAUCCACAGAUGUCCGAAAAGGGGGGGGGCGAGAAAGUGGGACCUAUCGUGAUAAUGCCACCAUCUUUUUUGUUUUGUAGACACCCAAAAGUAACCUCUGAGGUGUUUUGGGCGAUCAGUUUUUUCUUUUUCUUUUUUUUUUUUUUGACUUUCCAAAAUCUGGAUUUUUUUUAUAAUGUUAGUUAUUUUUAUACCUCCCUGGUUAAAGCAGGUAAGAUAGGCAUACUGGUAAAGAAUAUGGUAGAAAAUGGAUUAUACAAUACAUGAUAAAAUUUGAUGGAUGGAGACUUCUUAUUCGUGUCGUAUUGACUUAUUUUAAUGAUUAAAAUGGUCAGGAGUUUAUAAUACUUUUAUUCCAUUGUUUAGUGAACAUAUACGUGUUUGUAUUAGCUGCAAAUACUGAAGGUUCCACUUUUCUAUACUCUGCUGCUCCUUUUGCUGUAGUGUACUAACGUAAUUUGAAUAAUGAAUUCUCAUAUGUGUUGCUUUUGUAGCGUGA